AUGUUUCGCCGCUCGUACAACCACAUCUGGCGAACCGUGUUGCUCAAAGGCAGCCCUGCUAACAAGGUCGCAACCUGGAGCUGCGCUAUAUGCAUGUCACUAGCCUGGAUAUACGUCAGCGAAAAGCGCAAUCCGAGAGCAAACGGCAUUUUCUUCAGGAAGAGGGAAGCGGAGUACUUCACUGACGAAGAAAUAGCCAAGUGGAACGAAAAGUUUAAAUCGCAAAAUAAUAACUAG